CCGCAGUCCGAUUCGUUGAGCGCUGAACGGCAGACGCAAGCGCGCGAGAAAGCCCCGACCGAGUGUUCGUUCGUUCGAUUGAUUAAAGCAAAUGUCAAAAUAGAACUAAUCAUUGCCGUGUGCCACUACACUUAGAUGCCACCAGGAGCCAUUGUUCCAACGUGCCACCUGGAAGUGAAUCGCGAGUGCCCCAAAGUGGCUCCAAAGUGAAGUGAAACGCAGAAGCGCAAUAAUUGCAUUGACAAAGGAAGUGAAUAACAGUGAACGGGUUUCAGCAUUUUCACCGGGCCAAAUCCAAGAGGCGCCCGACUGCCGACUGGCCGACUGCCGACUCGCCGACUGGCGGCAGCGAAUGCAAUUCCGAUUUCGAAAUCCGAAAUCCGAACGAGGCGAACCGAACAAAACAAAACGAAAGUCUGGCAAAGAAAGUGCCGGACACGGACACGGAGACGGAGACAAAAGUUCUGCGCCAAUGAAAUGUCCAUGCAAAAAUUCAAUUAAACAGCAACUCCUAACGGCAUUAUACGAGAAGAGAGAGACACAGAGAGAGUGCUGCGUCCGGAGUACAGGAGUACUCCCGAGAGACCCGUCGCGAACGUGUGUUGUGGCAUGCAAGUGCAGUCACCGCGAGGAUAAUGGAAAUGUUGAGCCAAGCCAUCCCUGGGAUAGGUAGCCGCCAGGCGAAAUUAAAAGCAAACAGCCACAGAAAGCGACGCUGCUGCCCGCUGUUCUGGCUCGCUGCUCUGGCGCUCUGUCAUCUCUGGCUGACAGCGACUGCAACUGCAACUGCAACUGCGACUGCGACAGCGUCCAACUUGGACGCACCCUACAGCCAGCCGCUGACAACGAUGGGUGGUGCGCCCCGCAACGACGACAACACAUUCCGACCCAUUCUACCCAUCGACAUUAGCCCAGAGUUCAUUUCCCGCAAUGUGUUCACAAAGUCGGGACAAUAUCGCGUCUUUCAGCCAGCGGAGAGCGAGAGCGACCUUCGCCUAACCGUGGCCAUGGGGCGUCGCAACUUCAAGCAUCGACCAGAGACAACAGUUGCAGCCAGCAGAGUCGAGCCCAAGAGUGUUUCUCUAACAAAAGUGGAGCAGACUCCGCAGGGCAACAGCUCCGAGACUCUACAAUCAGAGCUGAAGGGCCUGGAAGAUCUGCUAAUGGAAUAUGUGCAGCAGUUCUUCAGUCAGGGCAAGUAUGAGCCGGCUCCUGGGCUGGUGUUGGCGCUGCAACAGAAUCACACCAGUGGACACGGUCCGGACAAGGGACAGCGAAGUGUAAGAAGCAUUUUGGACGACACCAACGUGGAGCUCAAUGUGGCAAGAGCCUUUGAAAGUGCGCGGCUCUUAUUCUUCAGCGGCCUGAAGAAAAUCAUGUGGCCCAUCUACAUGGGAUUACAGGUGCUGAAGAGCGUGCUCUUUGCCAUGUUCCUGCCGACCAUCGUGAGCAGCGUCACGCGGCUGAUUGGAAAGGGCAUUACGUCUGGGUCUGCCGGCUCUGUGCCUUUGUUUGUGCGGCCCAUGGAGCCGCCGCAGGAGCUGGACUUCCGAGACAACACUUUGAACUUUGACGAUGACAGCAAAUUCGCCUUGGCAGACGACACCAAAACAGCAGGCGCUUACGAGUACAAUGCAGAGGCCUCGCAGCAGCAGGCGCUGUACGCCAACUUCAAUGGCAAUUCAGUCAAUCAGGCGACACUCUCGCGCUAUGGCGGCCAGCAGAUGAUGCAGGACACUUACCUCAAUGCGCUGCAGAGCAUUGGAGCGGCAUCCUUCAAGAACUCGCAGAGCCUGUCCGGGUCCUCGAGUGCGGCGGCAGCUGGAGCGGCGCCUGGAAUGAACAAGAAGCCAACACCGGCGGUGAUGAACACAUUCCAGAGCUUCCAGAAGGUGCCCAACUCCUCGCUGCUGCUGUCCAACUACGAUCCCUUCUACAGUCCGCUGCUGUCGCGGCUGGACUCGGUGUUUGCCCAGCUCAAGCUGAACUCGGCGAACGAGGCGUGCCGCGAGAAGCUCAUCUGCCUGAUGUACUCCAAUCCCGCGAAGUAUGCCCCAUACAGCAACCUGGUGUCCGCUCAGCUGAGUCGGGAACUAAACGAGCUGCGUAAACCCACCUCCGAUAAUCCGGAAAUCCUGCGCUUCUUCAAGUACAUGCGAGCGGCCAAGGACGGGCAGGAUGGCGUCGACUGCGAGCAGUCGUUUGUCAAGUGCAAGGAAUUCAAGGACUUCGAGAAUCCCGCAAUGCUUUCCACCUACAACGACAUCAACAAAUUGGUUCAGGCUCGCAAACUGACGUAGACGAGGAGCAACAUUGUUGGAAUGACAGCACAAAAAGUUCGCAAAGUCAAUGUCAGGCUGAUGCCUGAUGAGUGGAAGUCUGGGGGAAGCCGGUGGUGGCCUGGGACUCGAGCUGUAAUUAUGCAAAUCGUACUUUAGAUAGCCUAGCCUAGCCUAGCCAUAUAUACAAGUUCGUUAGACGCUCCACCGGAGGCAGCAGCUGUCGGCAGACGCCUCCAGAGUGGCGCCUGGCAGUGGGGGUUUUGGGUCUAGGAUGGGUCCCGCCAACAGGGGAACUCCAUUAACAUGCUGUAAAUAGAAAACUUUUAGUUGUUUAAUUAGCAGGAGCUGGAGCAGGAGCAGGAGCUGGGGCACACCCAUCAACGAAUGAUGCUGUUAUUUUUAGCCAUUUAGAGCAAUUUUCGCCUAGUAUUUAUUUAUAGCCGUAACCUAAUGCUUAACCUAUUUAUUUUGUAUGUUUAAUAAUUUAUUCCAUUGUUGUUGU